AUGCAGCGCGAACCGGCCUCAUCCCCCGCCAGCUCCGGCGGCACCCGCACGUCGUCUGGAUCUCUUCGCCGCGGGACGCCGCAGAACAUCCAGGGCUGGCUGUACAAGGAGGGCAAGCGCUUCCGUUCCCGCUACCGCCGCUACCUCAUCCUUCGCGCGGGCAUGCUGUCCAGCCACCGCACAGAGAACUCGCCCCCUACAUGGCAAGUCCGCGUCGCCGACUGCCCCUUCAUGCCCGGCCACCGCGCCAACGAGCUCGUCAUCGAAUUGCCGCAGCGACGCAUCUCCUUCUUUGCGAGCAACACCAACGACUUCCAACUCUGGCUCACAGCCCUCAAGAGCUCCCGCGCCAGCGGGGUCGAUGACUUCUAUCGCUUCGGCCAGCUCCUAGGUGAGGGCGCCUUUGCGCAGGUGAAGCUCGCUGUCGAUAAGGAGAAGGGCGACAAGUGCGCUAUUAAGAUCAUUAAGAAACAUGGCUACGACCCCUCUGAGAUGGAGUACCUUGUCAGGGAGAUGGACAUCAUGAAGAGCGUCAGCCAUCCCCAUAUUGUUAAUACCAUCGACAUCUUUGAUUCCCCUAGCCACCUUCACAUCGUUCUCGAGUACAUGCAAGGCGGCGAGCUCUUCGAUAUCAUCGCCGAUGCGGGAAGCUUCUCAGAGCAACAGGCCGCACAGGUCACCCGGGACGUCAUCAAAGGCAUCCAAUAUCUACACAUGCAUGAUAUCGUCCAUCGCGAUAUCAAGCCGGAGAACGUCCUCUGUGUCUCUAAGAGCUGGCCGCUUUUAGUCAAACUCGCAGACUUUGGCCUCGCUGAUUUUUCAAAGGAUGGCGAGAUCAAGUCGGAGCAACCAAGCAUGAUUGGUACGCCGGGAUAUGUCGCUCCUGAAGUCGUAAAUAAGGAAAAGUAUGGAACCCCAGUCGAUAUGUGGGCCGUUGGUGUAUUACUCUACAUUAUGCUAAGUGGAAAGAUGCCCUUUUAUGGCCGUGAUGAUAAUGCUUGCCUUCGAAUGAUCUCCACAGGAAAGUAUACUAUGCCUCCCCAAGAAUGGUCCAAAAUUAGUACGGAUGGCAAGUCACUGGUGCGUGGGUUGUUGCAAGCCGAUCCCAACAAGAGGCUCACCGCGAACGCCGCUUUACAGCACAAAUGGCUUGAAGAUCCUACCGCCCUCAGCUCCAGUCCCAUCAAUAAUGAUCUCAGUGGCAUUCAUUCGAGUCGCAGGAAGUUUAGAAAGGCUGUCAUGGCCACAAUGACUGUUGGCAGAAUCAACAACUUGGCAAAUCUUGCGAACGCAACGGCAACCUCUUCUUCGACCGUUGGAACAGGCUCAACAAACUCUCAACAAAAUGUCUAGUUCGUAAAUUUCUGAUCUAACCUAGUCAACUGCAAUCCCGUUCGCCAUUGUAUCUUGUUUUUGCUAAUUUCUUGAUCCCUUAUCAACGCUUGCCGUUGCUUCAUCUUUCUCCAUGUACGCAUGUGAGCAGUUGCAAGGACGGGCCCACUUCAGAGUGGCUGGAAAGGGGAUAGUGAGAAUAGCCCAAUGUCGUGCGACGGUCGUCACUCGAAGAGGGCACGGGCUGCUUCGGUAAACUGGUACCUGCGUCCGGUUCUAA